GUUGCGCUAGUCUGUAUUGGGUUAGGAAGCCUUCUCGGUAUCGAUGAUGUUCUGAUGGCUUUCUGCGCUGGUUACAACUUCGACAAGACAAAAUGGUGGCGUAGAAAAACGGAAGAGUCUCAUGUAUCUGACGCGAUCAACCUCCUCCUCAACCUCACCUACUUCGUCUUUCUAGGAUCAAUGAUUCCUUGAUCAUCAUUUAAUAAACCUGAUCUACACAUCUCAGCUUGGAGACUAGUUGCUGGCACGGUUCUGAUUUUUAUACUCCGGAGACUUCCAGUCAUCAUGCUCCUGAAGGGGGUAAUACCAGACAUCAAAACAUGGAGGGAGGCUUUCUUCUUUGGGCACUUUGGACCAGUUGGCGUCGGGGCAAUAUUUUCUGCAGCCCUAAUUAGUUCAGAGCCUGGAAAGACUGGAAUCGCGGGGAAUUUGCUGAAGCCCACACCCGGAGAUCCCAUGCAGAUCUCACUCUGGCCAGUAGUAACGUUUGUGGUGCUCUGUUCUAGCAUCGUCCAUGGAUCUUCCAUUCCCCUUUUUAAAUUUGCAAAACAUAUUAACACGUUGACUAUCACGAUGUCGUACACCGCAGGCAAUGAGGAUGGCCCAGGUUGGAUUAAUCGGCUCCCUAGAAUAACCACGCCAUCAUCUUCCCAAGGUAGAACACUCCCGGACACGGGCGAGUAUCCUCCGGGAUCUCUACCGACGGUAGGCAUUCCAGGUGCGCUACUCCGAAGGCAAAGAGGAGAGGAUUCAGACUCGAACACUAGUCACACGAGCAGUGUUAUCCCACGUCGUCGGAGAAGACGUAAAUGGGAUUCUGGCAUUGGGACAGGCGGGUCCGUUUCAGAGUCCGCAAUUUAUCUCUCCCGUGCGUUUCGUAACCAGGAGCCUGAGAAACGGGGACCAGUCAUAGCAUACCAAUUCGGAAACACUAUAAUAGUUGAGGAUGAAGACGGAGAAGUGAUCAAAACGUAUGGCCUUCCGGGAUCAGCCUCCGCAGCUACAUCAAACAGUGCUCGGCAAACUCACAAGGAACUAUCAUGGAAAGGCUUUGGAGCAACCAACGGUAGUGAAAAGGAUGAUAACAACGAUAAACACAUUCGAUUUACCAUUGGUGGUACAGGUCGCCGAAUGACUAAAGAUGAUUUCCUGCGAGAGAUACAGGCGCUUGACCCCAAGGCGCGAGCAGAGCCAUUGGAUCCGCAAGCGGAAAGCUCCAAACAAGCAGAAAGAAGACCCGAGAUCCAAACUAGCGGGCUUCCUGAGAUGACUGGGCCUCAAGAAGAGAAUGACCCCCUUGCGUCUGCUAGAUAUUACCCGGAAACUGCGAUUGAGAAACGGCGCCGCCUGGCAGUGUUGGGAGUAUCUGCGCAUUCGGACACUUCCGAUAAUGACUCUCAAGCUCCCGAUAGAACGGGUCCAUGGGCAAGUGGAGGGCUGAUAAGCCCAUCGGAAACCAAAGAGGAGGGCGGCCUGGAUAUUUCGACUAACGAUGCGAGUGCUGAUGCGAUUUCUGGACGAAGCGACACAGGGCAAAUCGACGCCAGCAACAGUUCGGAAUUGAGUUCGAAGCAGUCAGUUCCGAUGGUGAUUAUUACAGGGACGGAAGAUCAGACUCAAACCACAUGGCCCAAUGAAGGAGGGGAGGAAGCUGAGAGCGAUGUCAGUGAACCCGGAAAGAAGCCCAAGGACAAAGGGAAAAAGAAAGUAUCAUUUGAACUUUAAGUUGUUAGAGUCCUUGAGAUUGGUAUUAAUAUUAGUAAAACAUUGUUCGCAUUAUUAUUUUGUUAAAAGUAUGGAGUAAGGACGCAG